AAAUGCGACACAUCCGGCGCUGCCUUCGUUUUUUUGCCCGACAGAUGAAAACAUCAGUGUUGGGUGCUAAUGCCGGGCUGAUUCCUGCCAUAAUCAACAAGAUGUUUGUCAUCCUACUGAUUGUUUCUCAUCAAUACGGAUCAAACUGUUAGCGUUUACUUUGUCUGUAGGUAGCCAAAGCCCAUUUUGUAUUACUAAACCCUUUUUGGAUCUUUAAUUUCCACCAUAAGAAAAUGAACGGCUUAUCCAUCAGUGAGUUGUGCGGCCUGUUCUGUUGCCCGCCCUGUCCGAGCCGGAUUGCAGCGAAGCUGGCCUUCCUGCCCCCGGAGCCCACCUACUCUCUUCUGCCAGACCUGGAGUCCACCUCACCUGUGACCUCUAACCUUGGAGCCUCAGGUUUGCGCUCCCGAUUGGCUGGAGGUGCUGGAGGUGCUGCGGGAGUAGCAGGAGUAGCAGGAGGAGGAGUAGCGGGAGUAGCGGGAGUAGCAGGAGUAGCAGGAGUAGCAGGAGGAGGAGGAGGAGGUUUUGGUGACAGAAGUGGAGAAGGCCGAUGGAAGCUGCACCUCUCUGAGCGAGCAGAGUUCCAGUAUUCCCAAAGGGAGCUGGACGGAACCGAGGUCUUCCUCACUCACUCCAGCCGGGGCAAUAGAGUGGGAUGUAUGUACAUCCGCUGUGCCCCAUCCGCAAGGUACACUGUGCUCUUUUCUCAUGGUAAUGCUGUGGAUCUCGGUCAGAUGAGCAGCUUCUACAUCGGUCUGGGCACUCGUAUCAACUGCAACAUCUUCUCUUAUGAUUAUUCUGGUUAUGGGGUCAGUACAGGGAAGCCAUCGGAGAAAAAUCUGUAUGCAGACAUAGAUGCUGCGUGGCAUGCUUUGCGCUCAAGGUAUGGCAUCAGCCCUGAGAAUAUAAUCCUUUAUGGGCAGAGCAUUGGUACUGUGCCCACCGUGGACCUGGCGUCCCGUUAUGAGUGUGCUGCCGUGGUACUUCACUCACCCCUCACCUCAGGGAUGAGGGUGGCAUUCCCUGACACCAAGAAGACGUAUUGCUUUGACGCCUUCCCAAACAUUGAGAAGGUGUCUAAAAUCUCAUCUCCGGUGCUGAUCAUCCACGGGACGGAGGAUGAAGUGAUUGAUUUCUCUCAUGGUCUGGCCCUGUUUGAGCGCUGCCCGAAGGCUGUGGAGCCGUUGUGGGUGGAAGGAGCCGGGCACAACGACAUCGAGCUCUACAGCCAGUACCUGGAACGCCUGCGUCGAUUCAUCAGCCAGGAAGUGGCUGCACAGUAAAUGCACCCUUCAUUACGCUCAUGUCAACAAAUCGUUGACAUAUAUGGAAAGCAAACAAACAGAAUCUGCUUCUGGAGGGUUUGUUCUUCUGUAAACUUUCGACUUUUAUGUUUCUAUCAGCCUGGAGCUGAGUUUUCUACUGAGAAGACACCUUGACUUCACACCCAAAAGAUCUGAAUGUGUGAGCGUCUGCAUCGGUCUCAGGACCUCAGUUCGUCUGAGGCACUCGCAGCUGAUAUGGCUUGUGAUUUAUGUGACCAGGACAUAUGAAAUGACUGAUAUCUAAUAUCUUUAUGAAGCUGUUGUGGGUGUUUAUGUACUUUCUCUUUUGUUAGUUCUCGUUGGUAAGCAUAAGACCAGUCUGUUUUAAAAUAUAGCAUCAUCAUCUUUUUUUAGACAAGGACUCUCUGCUGGACAGAUUGUGUGUGUGUGUGUGUGUAUUCAAUAUUUUUUAUACCAUCUGCUGUGUGUAUGAAUGUGGUUUCAUUGAAACCUUUUUUUCUGAUGAACUGAUCUUCAUCAGGCAUCUCGAGAUACACUACCGGUCAAAAGUUUGGACACACCGAGUUUGAUUUUCAUGAUCUUAAAAACCUUUUGAUCUAAAGCCUUCUGCUUAAAUGCUUAAUAUUAGCGGUGUAGACAAAUAUACAUUGUGCCUACUUAAGAAUUUCUUUACAAAACUAAAAUCUUAAUGAAUCAUCUUUUUUAAUGGACAUGUCAGACCAGAUCAGACCAGUGAAGCAACCAGCAACCGUCCACCGUAUACAUACAGACAUCUUCAGUACAGUUUAAAAACCCUCCCAGCAUGCUGCUCAUGAAGUUGACGAAUGUCCAGAGCUGGAAUCUAGACAAAGAAGAAGAAGAAUUGUAAGCCAUUUUAAUAAAAAAAAUAUUUUUUCUUUAAUUUGUGUUAUUUAAUUUUUUUUUUUACUUUUCUGUUAUUCUAAUAAAAUAGUCAUAACAAAAAUAUUAAUAGAUGUUUCCAAAAUUUUGACUAGUAGUGUAAGUCCAUACCAGUUUUGUUUCUCCAGAUUUUAAAUUUUUCUUUUAGCAUUUUUCCCUUUGCUUCCCUGUCAUUUUUAAAAAAGUAGUUUGGGACCCAAACACUGUUUUUAAAGAUCUGGGUAGAGCUGUACUGAUACAAUAAAAAUAUAUGGGAAUACACUGCCAUUCAAAGUUUGGGAUCAGUGGAUUUUUUUUAUUAUUAUUUUUUUUUUUGUUUUAUGAAAGUAAUGGUUUUAUUCAGCAAGAGUGCAUUAAAUUGAUCAAAAGUGAUCGUAAAGACAUUCUCAGUGUUACAGAAGUUUUCUGUUUCAAAUAGAAAUAGAAAAAAUGGAGUUUAAACAUUUUAUCAUCAAUAUUAAAUCAAUAUCAGUUAUCAAAUUGGCAUAUUAGAAUGAUUUCUGAUGGCUCAUGUGAGACUGAAGACUGGAGUAAUGAUGAUGGAAAUCCAGCUUUGCCUCAGGAAUAAACUCACUGUUUUCUAUUUGACUCUAUUUUAAAAUCUAUUUUACAUUGUAAUAAUAUUUUACAAUAUUACAGUUUUUACUGUGUUUACUCUACUGUGUACCUUAUAGAGCAAAAGAGAAUUCUUUAAAAACAAAAAAUCUUACUUACCCCAAACUUUUGAACAGUAGUUCCAUCAAGAUUGUGUUGAUCCGUCUGUCACAAUUUAUUUUUUGUUCAUGUAUUCAUUUAUUUCAUUUAUAUGUUUAAGAAGAAACAGAUUGUCUACAUAAGCAAAAACUCUAAAACCAGAGCUGCUUCCAUAAGACAAAAGUGAAGUAAAACGUGUGGGAGAGAUUAAAACUCUUCCCUGGUCCAGUUGAUAUGAUAUUGUGAUUGUGAUGCAUCAGUGUAUUGAGUUGUGAAAUAUGUAUCACAAUGUAGUAGUUGGCAUUUCCAGCCUCAAAAAUGGGGACUGAAUUUGUAAAUAUUUCAAUUUCUGAUCCUUUUUCCCACUUUUUCCCCAUGCACUGAAUUGUGGCGGAGGUUAAUAGCCGUGAUUUUACCCACUGUGAGGACCUGACCUGAACGACAGGAAACCUCACGCCACACCCAAAACAUCACAUGUUCUUCCCGCAUUCACUUCUCUUAGCUCGUGCACGUUGAUGUAAUGAUGCGUAAAUGAACUCUGACCAAGUCAACCCCAGACUGAUGUGUGAUUGACAGUUUUCUGAGCCGCCUUAGAAUGGGGUCGUGACCUCCAUCCACCGCUGACCUCUUGUCUGUGUUUAUGUCUGCGAGAGGAAGAACCGUGACAGGUUUUUUUUUUUAUAUUACCACAUGCCAGGUCAUCAAAUCACAUUACCGUCGUCGUUUUUGCUAUUUCCAAUCGCAGUUUGUAUAUUGAGCUAUUUAUAGCGGUAACUUCUCUCACAAACAAGCCUCGCUGUAUUAGACAUGCUCUUAUGUGGUCAAUGGAUAUUUAACAUGAACUUCCAGAUCUAUUUUUAUAAGGUUGACAAGUCUUUGCUAUAAUAUGAACAAACCUUUACUGUUUAAGAGCCAUUUUUAAAGGGAUAGGUGUGUCUUUGUAGCCUGGACAUCUAGAUUGUGUUUUGUUUUUUGUUUUUUGGACUUAGUGAUAGUUCACCCAAAAAUGAAAAUCUGAUUUCAUUUCUUCCGUGGACCAUAAACGGGUCAUUUUUAAAUAUUAUAAACCAUAUAGUGACCAAAAGCUCAGAGAUGAUGAUGAUGAAUUGGUGAAUAACCACUCAAAAAUGAAAAUCUGUCAUUAUGCAUCUGGUCACUAUAUGCUUUCUUUUUAUGAAAAAGCAGAGAGUUUUUAGGUGAUCUAUUUCUUUAAAAGGACAUCGCAGCAUCUUUAACAUCUAGUUUGCUAUAUACCUCUCUUAAGGUCAGUCGAUUUUUCUCCUGAUGUCUGUAAUUCUUAAGACGGUUUUUAAGACUUUGACAUUUUUAAGAUCCCAACUCUUGUAAAAAGCAGUGUGUACUCAGGAACAUUUUCAUUUGUUUGGUUGACAACACACUGCAUAUUGGUCCUCAAAUGCUGCCAGUAAAACGAAACCUGCUUUACAUUGAUCUUAGGAACAACAGACUGCAGGAAAAAUCAUUUGUCAUGUUGACAUCUGUGUCAUAAUGAGCAUAGCAAACUUUGUGUUAAAGCAGGUGUGUGCCACUUUCAGUAUGCAUGUAAUAGAUAAGAUAUGAAAAGAAAACUGACUAAUUAUAGCGUGUGAAUUUCAGUGUAUAUUAUAUGACUUUCCGAAAUUAAAUAAUUCAUGUUAGCCUAAAAGGAUGUUAAGGAUGUUUUUUUUUUUUUUAGAGCUGUAAUGAAAAGGGUUAGUAUUCACAUCUCUGUACAACCGAGCAAUAAUGUCAAAACCUUUGACUGGGAGAGUUGGAUAGAUUUAUCAGACUCACACAAAACUCCACGAUGAUCAUUUGAAGGGUCUUUGCACUUUCAGUGACACAGCACAACCUUAUCCGAGAACUCUAAAAUACUCUAUGCCGACUCAAUUUUGUAUAGCGAUAUAAAGCUAAUUUGCUGUAUUUCUAGUCACACUAAGUCACAUACCUGUUUCGAGAUUUGCAAGAAAAUUUCUGUAUAUUACCAGGUACAUGUCUGUAUAAAGAGGUGAUAGUGUGUCCCCGUAUGAUGUAAGAUGCUUCGUGUGUGUUGGGUAAUGCUUUCAUUUUUUAGCUGGAAGAUGUAAUGUACUGUGGUUGAGUAAUAAAGGAAAGCUAUAAAGUUA